UUCUUCCUCCCUCACUGCACUUUGUCUUCGCCUUUUCUCUCAUUAUAAGCACCAUAUAUACCUCUGGGUCAAAUACCAUGAAAUAUUCAUUAAGAAACACUGUCGGAUUUCUUCCGUCAGUUUAAAGAAAAACAAAAAACACAUCACAGACGAGCAAUCAAACACAAUCAAGCGCAGUUACCAAGGAUAUCAUUCAAAUUCAUUACCAUCUCUGUUGCGAUUUUCAAUAUUGAUAUAUUCUAAAUCCAGCUAUCUUCUCUUCUCCAUUGAAAUAUUUAUUAUAUAUACAUAUUAUUUCUUGCUUUCAUAAUGAAUCCUUCCGUCCGUCACAUGAGUAUUUCCGAAGAACGGGUGACCCACCAGUCGAUCGUGUCCGCCCUCAGCAACUUCGUUACAGCCGUCAACCACAUGGACUCAACAGUCAUGAUACCGAGCCGGCUCAGAGACAUGGAGGUUUUGCAGGAAUCGAACCCCAUCAUUAACUCGAACUCUGACCCGUAUCAUUCUUACAGCGCCCCGCCGUCUCCUUCAGCUUCGAUCUCCAGCAUCCCAGCUCUGAGCGUUAACCUGAAAUUGAAACCGCACAACCAGCGCCGGUAUUCUGCGGAGCAGAGCACCCUGAUGGGCACCGGUUCCGAUGCGAAGAACUUGUACAACUUCUACAGCAUGUUGAAGGCCAUCAAACAAGAAGUGACCUGUGGGAACCUGGAAGAUGACUGUCUGGAGUCUCCGACGGAGCAAGACCGCGAUCAAGACCAAGAAGUGGACUCCACAUCGACAAUGGAUAUCUCCGACGAAGACGAUUGCGCGUCUGUGGGUUCGAAUAGCAGUGGCAGCGAAGAGUUACCAAGAAAUGUGGCCAAUUCGUUUAAGUUUCACCUCCGUGGAUUAUUUAACCUGUUGCAGGAUUUUACAGAAACGGCGAAAUAUCUCUCCCAUAGGUAUGAGAAUGAAGUCGGUUCCAGUCAGGCUAACAAAAUACUAUCUCAGUUUUAAUGAGCCUGCAUGCUCUUUUGUAAACUGUAACAAUUAUGGAUAAUGUUUAAAAAAAUAAUAAUAGUAAUAAUAACAGUAGUGGUGUUGAUGGAGAUGAUGAUUCUACGAAUGGGUGUUGUAUUAACUUCAUUCUAUAAUUUAUUUCAACCCCCCAAAACUAUCGGCUUUAUAUGUGUGUAUAUAUAUAUAUAUAUAUAUAUAUACACACACAUGAAGUAUAUAUACAUGAAUAUAUGUACACAUGAAGUAUAUAUACAUGAAUAUAUGUACACAUGAAUUAUAUAUACAUGGAUAUAUGUACACAUGAAUUAUAUAUACAUGGAUAUAUAUGUACACAUGAAUUAUAUAUACAUGGAUAUAUAUGUACACAUGAAUUAUAUAUACAUGGAGAUAUAUAUAUAUAUAUACACAUGAAGUAUAUAUAUAUAUAUAUAUAUAUGUAUGGAUAUAUAUAUAUAUAUGUAUGUAUAUACUACACAAAAACACUCAUCCCAAAUCAAUACCACCUCCACACAGCUAGUAACAGCAACUACGACCAAAUCAUACUGAAAAACCUGCACUCACUUUUUUUUUCAUCACAAGAAAAUUUAACAAACAACACAACCAACUUGAUGUAUUUGACUUUCGAGUUUGUUCUUUAUUACAAACUUGACAGAUUUGUGUUUUCAAUACAUAAGACCAACACACAUCCACAGGUUAUGUGCGCAUAUGUAUGCUUGCUUCUCCCUACACCUACAUGGUGACAGUAGAACGUAACCUAUAAAACUCACCUAGAUACAUAGACAUUACACACACGCACAUUAUAUAUAUAUAUAUAUAUAUAUAUAUAUAUAUAUAUAUAUAUGUGUGUGUGUGUACAUGCUUGCACAUAAAUACAAACACGGAUGAUGAAAAAAUAUAAAAAGCUAAAGACAGCCACCCACUCAUUAAGACACAUUCAAGACAAUACAUACAUAUAAUUGAAAAACCUUUAUAGUUACAAAAAACCUAAAUAGCUGCAGGUAAAUAAAACCACCUUAAUUACUCACAUAUAGAUGCUUUCACAUAAAUGUGCAUACAACCCUUCCCUUCCAUACAAGUACAUGCACCCACCCAUUGUUCAUUCUCGGGUAAUAUGUUCUAGUUAUUUAAAUGACGAAACAACUAAUUUGCCUUUUAAUUAUUGCAAUAUUUCCUUGCGUUUUGUUUUGUUCUCUUUUUUUUUUUUUUUUUU